UCUGGUCCUACCCAAUACUAGCUUUUCAAUGGUGUAUUGAAUGUCUAUCAGGCGCAAAUAUUAGGGGAGUUACAGCUUGUUGUGGGAGUGGUGUUUAGCCUGGCGGAGUUGUAGUGGAGUUCUGGUAGAGUGCUGACUUUAAAGCCAGAUUCCUUAGGUGUCCUUUAGGCGCAGAGUCUGCUACUUGCUAGCCUAGUUCUCCUCGAUGCCAGCCUUCCAACAGCCUAUUGAAUGUCUACCCAGCGCCAAUAUUUGUGGAGUUACACCCUGUAAUCGGAGUGGUGUUUAGCCUGGCUGAGUUCUGGCUGAGUUCUGGUGGAGUACUGACCUUGAAGCCAGAUCGCUCAGGCAUCUUUGGGGCGCAGAGUCUACUACUCACUGGUCCGGUUCUACUUGACGCCAGCUUUCUAAUGAUGUAUUACAUGUCACCCCGGUGCCAAUACUAGUAGAUUCAGUUUACAUUGGAUUUAUAGCAAUAGGGUAGGGGGGGUAGUUUCUUUGCAUACUGUAUAUCAUAGAACCAAUAUGACUAGAAAUAUUAUUUGAAAGCUUUUAGAAUCUAUAUGUGACCCAGGUCACAAGGUCCAAUCCUGGUAUUGCAUCCUGUAAAUAGUAGUAGUGCUUACUUGUAUUGUGAAAAUAACUCCAGUAUUGGGCUACGUCCUGUUCACACCCCAAGUUCUUGUACCAAGGAGUGUUGCAUCCUGUGUUCUGGUGCCAAGGACUAUUGCAUCCUGAGUUUGGUGACUACUGUCUUGCAUCCUGAUUAAUCAUUUGCAUCCUGUAUGUCCCAUGCUUCUGAUGCACAGGAUGCACAGGAUGUAACCUUUUAUUUUUGCUGAUGUUUUACAUUUAUUUUAUUUUAUUUUCUCCAAGCUUCUAUUGCUAUCGGGGAAUUAUUCUAUUCUCAACCUAGAUUCUCCUGUUUACCUAGAUUUGCAUACUAUUUUAUUGAGUUUUUAUUUCAACUUUUAUAUCAACAGUAUAUUGAACUUGUUAUGUAGUACUGGGUUGCCAUGGCGUACGGAAACAUAUUAGACACGAGUGUGCCGUAUUCGGAUCUCCGGAUAUUUAAGAAAUUGGCGAGGAUCACCACGAAAUACAAUGCUCACUUUCGGCAACCCCCGUGAUUCCUGGAAAUUCCCGCCACAGCGAAAUUAAUUCGGACCUUAGACACUCUACUCAUCACUACCGGUAUGGUAGUUAUUAAGGCGCGGUACUUGGGUUCAGGUUUGGAUUGCGCUUUUUGCCUAGUGGUGAGCACUCGUGCUGUUCUGGGACUGGCACAGUACCCCUUGUCUCCUUUGUGCUCGAGUACCCUACUGUACAACCGACAGGGUUAGGCUGAACAACGCACAAACACUGCGUAUCAUAAUUCUAUAAUUGGCGAUUGACUCUUUUUACCCUGGAAUGCCUCCUGCGAGGUCCCGCUUCACCAAAAGUGGAUGGAAUAGCCAGUGGGAAGCCAUUGAGCACGAGUGAUCACCAAACAAAUGGCGCGUCUGCCAACCGAACUGCACUACGAGUACUCGAGUACUAGUACAAGCUUUUCACAGCCCAGCAGUCGUCGUCAUGAUCUCCCCCUGAUCUGGGUCCUUGGCAGGCACGGAGCUUCUAUUUUUCACAUGGAACACGGAUAUCUCCCCUUCAAGGUCCUCCUCCCCCCUCCAUAACCACACGGCUUGGUUGUUGGUGCACCAGUCUUUAACCAAUGCUUCCGCCGCUCCCGCUCCCGCUUUCUAUCCCCUCCACCCCACAGCUUUACCUUCAGCUCCAAGCUCCGCCAUCAUUCUCUUAACCAUGCUCAACUUGUUGGCGAUACCCUUCCUACUGCCACUUAUUCUCCCAUCCGCGUUGGCCGUGGAUUGCGAGUGCUAUAGGACCUCCACGGGACACUACUUCACGAACUACGAAUUCUAUGACUUCCGCAAACAAUCUGGCCCCCUCCCUCCUGUUCCAGAAUUGCCGGACUCAUUACCGAGGAGCCCCAGACCAACCGCAGAAGAUUACUCGUCCAAUCCAAAAAUCGGAGCGUACCAGGAUGGUUAUAUAAGGAGCGAUGAGUUCACAAGCAGUUGGUCUAUCCAAGACUGGGGGAAGGAACCUACUAGCGAAUUCCCGAUCAGGAUGCAGAACAGUCGGAGCAACGUUUAUUUUGGUAUUUCUUUCCAAUCCCCGGUUAAGCGAGUUUGAGAGCUCAUGAAUUUGGAUGGUAGUUUCUGCUGAUUCGAGUAAUUCAUCCUCAAAAAUGGUAGUGAGGACUCAUCGGUUUGAUACGUUCCAAUCCUCAGCUGAGAUCGAAUCCGCGUAUGCGCCGCGCUCCCACUUUUCUGGCGUGUAUCGCCCAACAAUGGUUAAUAAGGAGUUAGGGUUCAAAACGUCCUCUAUGCUUCUAUCCGCGUUCGCGCUCGAGUGUAUGGCGCUGCCGGUGCUGUUGCAGGCUUCUUCACUUAUUUCAAUGGCCAGAACGAAACCGAUAUUGAAGUUUUGACCCGAGACGACCCCACCGAAAUCCGAUAUUCCAAUCAACCGGUUACAGAUGAUCGUACGCUAUCCCUCUCCCUCUAUCUACCGUGACUUAAGUAAUCCCCGGGAUCGUAAAAGCUAACGGAUCGGGAACAGGCGGGAAUGAGAUCCGCGGCUCCUCAACAAAAGUAAACAUGACCUCCCAGGACAGGACCGACGGCACAGAAGCGGAGAAGCUCAAAAAACGAGCAACUCCGACAACCCUGAUUAGAUAUGACGAUUGGCACACCCAUCGGGUAGACUGGGUGGAUGGCAAGUCAUCCUGGUUCGUGGACGGCGAGCAUCUCCUCGAUAAAAAAUAUGGUGUUCCAAUCGUCCCUUCCUACUUUAUCAUGGUUUGUUCACUAGGUUAUAUGGCCUCGCGUGGAUUUGGCUGAUUAACUGGAAUGCAGAAUCUGUGGUCUGAUGGCGGCGUUUGGUCCGGAAACAUGACGAAGGGUCAAUCUGCAUAUAUGGAGAUUGAAUUCGUCGAGAUGGCGUUCAACACUACUGGGGGCGACCGCAGUUCCUCUAACAGGAAUGUGAAAGGAGCUUCAGCGGCUAAGUGCGAUAGCAUAUGUGUGAUUGACGGUGUGGCUGUCACCGGAACGCCGGAAGGCGCACAGAGUGGGGCUUUCAAGAGUGCUGUCAAUCCGUGGUCCCUGGGCGUAGCGAUAUUGAUGAUUGCUGUCGUAUUGUCUUUUUAGGCCAAGACUGCGGCUGUGGUGAUGACCGUGAUGACAAUAUCCUGGUUGGGCUGAUUCGUUGGUUAGGGUUUGUAUCUUAAUGUGUCUUGAGGUGAAGUUUUGUAGUCUAGAGAAAUGACACUAUUCCCCUUUUUACGAUGGCUAGACCUCUUACUGGGAGUAUUCUUGCAUUAAGCCUUAUGCCGUAGCUGCGCUGGAUAGUGCCCGGAUGUGAUGCAUUCAACGUGAAGCUUGUAAAAUUGCUAGGCUCACAGCUCUUUGGUGUUCCCUCCUAGGUCUUCAAGUGCACAGCGUGAGCCCCCAAUGGGGGGGAAUUUCACUGCAGGAGGCUCGGGGGCAAAAAAUCUUGAAUAGGUAGCCCGGGUGUCGCCAGGGAGAGGUUGUUUGGUAGCCCGCGUGGCCGUGUAAGACCCAAGGCAGGUGGUGAGCCGUAAAAACUGAGGAGGUGUUUUUCUGAUAGACCGCGUGAACGUGGUGAGGCUUACUAGCAAGGUUCUGGCGGGGUGGGAGUGUCAAUGCUGGAUGGGGUCCGGGCCCUCUUGAUCGUGUCUGCUGGGGAGGAUUUGGUUGUGCUUUAGCCUAAGGAGCGUAGGUAUUCUGGCAGAACAUGGAGUAUCGAUGGGACGUAGGGAUAGAUGUGUAGAUGCGUGCGCAUGCACAUCGCGGACUCAGGUGGAAGUGGGAAAAUGUCACUCGGGAAACAACCGAAACUAGGCCCGGAAGCUAUUGGUAAGCGGCAGGAGAACGAUGUGGCGGGAGGGGUGGAUAGAAGAGUCGCAAAUGAAGGAAUAUGA